GGCUCAAUUGAGGCGGAAGUGUAAAAUAAAACCGGAAGUUUUUUCACUGAAGCGUUUGAGGCAUGGUUGGAUGUAUUAUUUAGGUUGUUAAUCUUUUUGUAUUUGAUUGGAAGCUAUGGAGAAGCGUUAAUCUGUAAGACAUUGGGUUAAAUAUGUGUUUCCUCUGAACUGGACGCUGUCAUGGCUCGAGUGGCUGGAGAUAUUAUUCAUUUAAACGUCGGAGGAAAGAGGUUCAGUACCUCCAGGCAGACUUUGACAUGGGUACCUGACUCCUUUUUCUCAAGCCUCUUGAGUGGCCGGAUAUCCACCUUAAAAGAUGAAACAGGAGCGAUUUUCAUCGAUCGUGAUCCUUCGCUUUUUGCUCCUAUUCUGAAUUUCCUGCGCACUAAAGAACUGCAUCCCAGGUCUACAGAUGUGAAUUUACUGAUGCAUGAAGCUGAGUUCUAUGGAAUCACACCAUUAGUGCGUAAACUGCAGCUGUGUGAUGAACUAGAUCGCUCAUCAUGUGGCACAGUGCUGUUUAACGGCUAUCUGCCUCCUCCAGUGUAUCCUGUGAAGCGCAGGAACAGACACAGCGUUGCCGGCUCUCAGUUCGUGGCUGGCCGAGCUGUCCCUCUGGAGAGAGCCAUGGUCCGACGCAGCAACACAAUGCCACCCAACCUGGGCAACUCAGGCAUACUGGCAAAAACUACUGCUACAGAAGAGAAAAUGUCAGGUCAGGGCUCAGAUCCAGGAAUGGUACGGAUCAUAUGUGGCCACCACAACUGGAUUGCGGUGGCUUACGCACAGUUCGUGGUGUGUUACAGGGUUAAGGAGUCGACAGGGUGGCAGCAAGUGUUUUCGAGCCCCAGACUGGACUGGAUCAUCGAUCGAGUCGCACUCAAUGCUAAAGUCAUGGGCGGGUCACUAGGAGACAACGACAAGAUGGUUGCGGUGGCGUCUGGGACAGAGAUCAUAUUAUGGGCAGUCUGUCCGGAUGGAAAUGGAAAUGAGAUUGGUGUCUUUAGCUUAAGUGUGCCGGUGGAGGCUCUGUUCUUUGUGGGGAAUCAGCUCAUCGCAACGAGCCACACAGGGAAAGUGGGUGUGUGGAAUGCUGUAACCAAACACUGGCAGAAUCAGGAUGUGGUUCCCAUAAACAGUUAUGACACAGCAGGGUCCUUCCUUAUCCUUGGCUGUAAUAACGGAUCCAUUUACUACAUUGACGUACAGAAGUUUCCAUUAAGGAUGAAGGAUAAUGAUUUACUGGUGACAGAGUUGUACAGAGAUCCCAGCGAAGACGCCAUCACAGCACUUAGCGUCUAUCUUACACCCAAAACGAGUGACAGUGGGAACUGGAUCGAGAUUGCGUACGGCACCAGCUCAGGAGCGGUGCGUGUGAUUGUUCAGCAUCCCGAGACAGUGGGCUCGGGGCCACAACUCUUCCAGACGUUCAGUGUUCAUCGGAGUCCUGUUACCAAAAUAAUGCUGUCGGAGAAACACCUCAUCUCAGUGUGUGCAGAUAAUAACCACGUGCGUACCUGGACUGUAACACGGUUCAGAGGAAUGAUCUCCACUCAGCCAGGCUCCACCCCCCUCAGCUCAUUUAAAAUCCUCUCACUGGAUGAUAUUGAUGGACAUGCAGGCUGCAGUGCUGGCACCGAGAUUGGUCCAUAUGGAGAGAGAGAUGAGCAGCAGGUGUUUAUUCAGCGCGUCGUUCCUGACACUGAUAAACUCUAUGUACGACUGUCGUCUAAUGGCAAAAGGGUGUGCGAGGUGCGCUCUGUGGAUGGGACCUCCAUCACAGCUUUCGUGGUUCAUGAGUGUGAGGGGUCAAGCCGCAUCGGGUCACGGCCACGCCGCUUCCUGUUCAGUGGCCAUGGCAACGGCAGCAUUCAGAUGUGGGACCUCACAACGGCCAUGGAGAUCGCCGCCAAGGUGGACAUAAAAGCUCUGGGAGGCCCUACUGAGGAGGAGCUGUUGGAGUUGUUGGAUCAGUGUGACUUGGCACUAACUAGAACACCAGACAUGAGUCCUGCUGCAUCGCUCACACACUCUUCUCGUAACUCUACCUGCAGUCUGCAGUCCCAGUUGAGUGAGAGUGCUCGUGUUGGUGUGUCCGGCGUUCGUGGCGUCACUCUUCCACGACCUCAGCAAGCGUUUAUAAGAGCACGUGAUAUUCCUCCUCAUCUCGGCCUCAGCAUGAGCUCUCUGAGCAGCAGCACGAGUGAACGAGAGAGGGAGCGACAUCUGGACAGAGAGAGAGACAGAGAUGGCCUCUUUGCCCCUCGGAGAGGCAGUUUUGUAGAACGAUGUCAGGAACGAGCCAAAAUCUCAGACAUUGCAGGAACAGAAGCUCGUCUCGGCCUCAGACCACAUUUAUCAUCUUCGGCAUCCAGGCGACCUGCCCCCUCUGUCCCAAGCUACGCCUCCUCAUCAAGUUUGAGCCCGAUCAGAUCACAAACACCCACAUCUCCACGACGAGGACCCGCGUUGCCCGUAGGUGAAGCCACACCCCCUGACGCAGGGCCUAAACCAGAAAGCCCCUCUUCCCCACCACCCACCAGUCCUAAACCACAUAUGAAUGAGACCAGCUUCUAACUGGCUGACUUAAAAUACUGCUUAAUUAAUGUGCAAGUGGACACACCCACUCAACCAUGCACCUGCUGUUCAGGUGAAUUAGUGUGAAUGAAGAGGUGUAUCAUUAAGUUUGUAUUGCUUUCUCAUUUUCUUUCUCUUUCUCAGCUUUGGUCUGUUUUUCUUUCUUUUUCUUAUUGUUUUUUGUCCUUAUUUCAUUUCUUUCUUUAUCAUUUAUUUAUUUCUUCUUUAAGAUUGUCUUCCAGGGCUGUGUGUGAGAGAGAAUGGAGCGAGAGAAUGGAGCGAGAGAAUGGAGCGAGAGAAUGGAGCGAGAGAAUGGAGCGAGAGAGAAUGGAGCGAGAGAGAGAUAUCACUUGGUUUUGAUCAAUCUACUUUACCCAGUAUUUGAAACCUACACAAGAGCUCUGUGCUCCUGAUGCAUACAUUUUCAGGAAAUUACUGUUUUGUAAAUGUAUAAUAGUAUAAUGUUACAAAAUAAGGAAUGAUAUUAUGUUAACUGAUGCGUGUUAACCUUCAGUCAGAUUUUUCGAGACUUGAACUGAUCGCCUGCUGAUAUUAAAUGUUCAUAUCCUAAUAAUUGCCUAACAUUUUUAUCAUGGUUUGUGAUCUCACUAUAUGGUGUUUAAAAAGUGUGAAAUGGGUAACUAAGGUCCUAGGACCAGCUUGGUCCUAAAUAAGGGCUCCUCCAGUUAGCCAAAAAAAUGCUGCCUACCUAGCAGCCUCCUGGCACACACGUUAUGAAUACUUUUCCUAAUAUGUAUACAUGAUUUCUUUUUCAGUCACAGGUGUAGGCUUGUGGUGUUCUUAUAGAUAUUUCAUCACUGCCAUGAAUAUUGAAAGUUUUGUCCUUUUUGUAGUCUUUUUUUCACUGGAUCAUGUUGAAUAGUGUGUAACCCCUUAAAUUCCUGGCUUAUUAUUCUGUAAUUCAUCUUAGAGUACAUUAUACAGCAACUGCUAUCAAUUAUUUAGUAAUUCCAGCAAAACUAAGAGGAGAGUUAUGUAGUUACGAUAGUGAACAUUGUAAGUUUGUCUGGCAUGUCCUGGGAAUUUAAGGGGUUAAUAUGUAUUAAGUAUUCCAUAUAUGUACAAGUAUCCAUACAAUGUAUAACUAUUUAUACGAUACAGUUCAAGUCACAACAAAUUCAAAUAAAUAUUGUAUACCA